AUGAUGCUGCUUUCCGCAGGUGGCAUGAGCAUGGUCGCUGCUGCGAUCAUGCUUGCAUCUGCCCCUUCCGGCUCCGAUGCCAAGUCGCUGCGGUCCAACGUCCGCGCUCGUCAGUCGUCGGGAGCCAGCGUGCAGCCGACGCCCGGCAUGGGCUUCAACACCUACAACCAGGUCUCUUGCAGUCCCACCGAGGCGUCGUCGCACAAGACCAUGGACAUCAUGGCCUCGCAAGGCUACAUCGCCGCUGGCUAUGGAAUGUUCGGAAUCGAUUGCGGAUGGGUAGCCAAAACCUCGAGCCGUGACUCGGCUGGCAAUCUGAUGAUCGACACCAACAACUUUCCAUCAGGCAUGAAGAACCUCGGCGCUUACGCCACCUCCAAGGGUCUAGAAUUUGGUCUCUACUCGGACGGAGGCUUCCUGGCUUGCGACCCCGACGUGCCCAGCAAGCGACUCGGAAGUCUGAAUCACGAGGACCAGGAUGCGGCUCUGCUGAAGAGUUUCAACGUCACUUACCUCAAGUACGACAACUGCUACGCCGGAGGCACCACCGCUGGCGACAACGCCCCAAAGGCUGCCCGCACCGACUUCCCCACUCGCUUCGGCGCCAUGAGCAACGCACUUGCCAAGGUUGGCAUCCAAAAGAUGCUUGUCUGCCAAUGGGGUGUGCCGCAGCGCCAGUCCGACGGCUCUCUGGUCGGCCCCGAUCAGUGGACCAAAGGCCUGAGCACAUCGUACCGUCUGUCGGACGACAUUGCGGGAGGCUGGGUGAACGUGGUGCGUAUCCUCAACCAGGCCAUUCCGAUCUCGCUCAACGACCGCAGCGGGCCUGGUCACUUUGCCGAUGGCGAUCUGCUCGAGGUAGGCAACGCAGGCAUGAGCAUCGACGAGCAGGCGUCGCACUUUGCCUUUUGGGCCAUGAUCAAGUCGCCUUUGAUGAUCUCGACCGAUCUGUCGACCAUCUCGGCCGAGGCCAAGGCGAUCCUGCUCAACAAGGGCCUCAUUGCCGUCAACCAGGACAAGCUCGGCCAGCCCGUCAAGCUCGUGGAGAGGAGGACCAACGACUUUGACCUGCACGCAGGCAACCUGAGCAACGGAGACCUGGCGGUGCUCGCCAUUGAUUGGACCAACUCGCAGCGAACGAUCAAGAUCGACUUUGCGCAGCUCGGUGUGGAGUCGGCCGACGUGAUGGAUCUGUGGGCGGGCACCACGCAGAAGGGCGUCCAGGGCUCGUUCAGCAAGCAGGUCAAGGGCCACGGCUCGAUUGCUCUGCGUCUGACCAACAUCAAGAAGACCAGCACCCCUGCCCCUCGACUGACGUACGUCGAGGCCGAGUCUGGCGUACUGGCCGGCAGGGCUUCCAAGACUCAGUGCGCCGGUUGCUCCAACGGCGGCAAGGUCUCCAACGUCGGCGGAGGCGGCGGAAACACGCUGACGCUCAGCAACAUCAAGCCCAGCUCGUCCGAGGCGGUGCUCUACUUUGACUACAUCAACGCCGACGUGAGCUUCUCGUUCGCUGGCCUCACCAACGAGCGCUUCGCCCAGAUCAGUGUCAACGGAGGAGCCCCGCACAACGUCAGCUUCCCACUCUCGGGCUACGACUGGAACAAGGACGUGACCAAGGCGUACAAGGUGCGCCUCAGCGGCUUCCGACCCGGCACGGAGAACACGAUCACCAUCUCGAACCCCAACGGCAACGCGCCCGACUUUGACCGUGUGGGUUACUGA